AAAAGCUUAUUAUGCCAUCACCAUCUGUUUUGUGUGUUUAUGUGGGAGUUGAGGAAGGGAUAAUUUUGGGUGUAUUGAAUGAGAAAGAGAAGGGGGUGCCUCAUUGCUCAUAUCAUCAACCCCUUUUAGAGAGAGAGAGACUCUCUUAGUUUUAGAGAGAGAAAGGGAGAGAGGGGAGAGGGGGGGCGUUUGUGUGAAGGAGGGUGGUCCGAUCUUUCCUUUUCGCUUUGAAUUUGACACACAGCUUUUUAGUCUCACAAAUUCGCGAACUAGUUCAUAAUACAGUGAGAAAAAGGAGAAAAAGAAAAGCUUUUCUAAGAGAGAGAGAUCAUAUUCAAGAACCCAACAAAAAAAACGCAAAACUUCAAUCAAUCUCUCCAAUUGUGUACAGAAUCAAGAUUCAAUUUCUGGGUAGAAUUUCAGAUUUCCUACCUCAAAAGGCAUCAUUCAUCUCUCAAAGCUCAGAUUUUUUUGGCAUUUUGCGUCAAAUUAUCAUCUUUCAGAUUCACAUAUCUCUGAAAUUGGAAGCCAAUUUUCGAAUUCAAAUAGAGAAGAAGAAGAAGAAGAAGAAGAAGAAGGAGGAGGAACAUGAGAGCAGGUUUGAGCACUAUUCAGCAGACCCUAACACCAGAGGCUGCCAGUGUUCUCAACCUCUCCAUCGCAGAGGCGAGCCGCCGCAACCACGGCCAGACGACGCCGCUGCACGUGGCGGCGACGCUGUUGGCCUCUCCGUCUGGAUUCUUGCGGCAGGCAUGCAUCCGCUCCCACCCGAAUUCAAGCCACCCGCUCCAGUGCCGCGCGCUAGAGCUCUGUUUCAGCGUGGCUCUGGAGCGGCUGCCGACCGCCCAGAACAUGGACGGCUCGGGGUUGGAGCCGCCGAUCUCCAACGCCCUCAUGGCGGCGCUGAAGCGAGCGCAGGCCCACCAGCGGCGCGGGUGCCCCGAGCAGCAGCAGCAGCCGCUGCUCGCCGUGAAGGUUGAGCUGGAGCAGCUGAUUAUAUCCAUUCUCGAUGAUCCCAGCGUGAGCCGCGUGAUGAGGGAAGCCAGCUUCUCCAGCCCAGCCGUGAAGGCCGCCAUCGAGCAGUCGUUGAACAGUUCCAGCGCUCAUUCUCAUCAUCAGCAUCACGUCGCUGCUGGGAAUGUGAAUUUCGGAGCAGGAAUUGGACCUAGGCUGCUCCCGAAUCCCGUUCAAUUAACCGCUCCGGCGGUGGCGCAGCCCAAUCGAAACGUCUACCUGAAUCCGCGGCUGCAACAGGGCUGCGCCGGCCAGGAUGGGACUCCGAAGGGGGAGGAAUUGAAAAAGGUGUUGGAGAUAAUGUCAAGAAGCAGGAAAAGGAACCCGAUUUUGGUGGGCGAUUCGGAGCCGGAGGCGGUGGUGAAGGAAUUGCUGAGGAAGAUGGUGAACAAGGAAUUUGGGGGUGAUGGGAAUUUGAAGAAUGUUGAGGUUGUGUCAAUGGAAAAGGGGCUUUUAUCCGACAAGAAUCAGAUAGCAUCGAAAAUGGAGGAAUUGGGAGGGGUGAUCGAGGGUAGGAUUAGGAGCGGAGGGGUGAUUCUCGAUUUGGGGGAUUUGAAAUGGCUGGUGGAGCAGCAACAGCAACAGCAGCAGGUGGUGUCGGAGACGGGGAGGGCCGCCGUGGCGGAGAUGAAGAAGCUGCUGUCGAGAUUCGGCGGUGAGAGCAAUAAGCUCUGGUUGAUUGGAACUGCGACUUGUGAGACUUAUUUAAGAUGCCAAGUUUAUCAUUCAUCCAUGGAGAAUGAUUGGGAUCUGCAGGCUGUGCCUAUUGCUUCCAGAUCGCCUCUACCUGCUUUGUUUCCCAGGCUUGGAACUGAGAGAAUUUUGAGCAAUCCGGUGGAGUCUUUGAAUCCAUUGAAGACCAUUACGAGUCCUCUGCCUGCUCUAACAAAGUGCGUAUUGGAAAACUCGGGCACUGCUCAAAGAUCGUCCCUUUGCCCUAAAUGUUCGGAGAAUUAUGAAAAGGAGCAGGCGAAACUCGCUGCUAUUGAGAAAUCAUUCUCUGAGGCGAAACAAGACACGCAGCCGUCUCUGCCUGCGUGGUUGCAGAAUGCUAAACUCAACACCGCUGAUGCUAAAACAAAAGAUGAAUCACAGGGUAAGGAUCAAGGUGUUCUUUCGAAGCAGAAGACGCAAGAGUUGCAGAAGAAAUGGAGGGAUACAUGCUUGCAUCUUCAUCCGAAUUUUCAUCAGAAUACUCGCCCGGAUAGGACUGGUCCUCCAGCUCUAUCUAUGGCGAGCUUGUAUAAUCCGAACCCGCUCUCACGCUCACCUUUCCAGCCUAAGCUGCAGAUGGCCAAACCCCUCGGAGCAGCUCUACAAUUGAACACGAAUCAAGCUCCUAGACAACCUGCAGAGCUCGUGAAUAGCUCCCCGACAAGUCCAGUCCGAACAGAUUUGAAUCUUGGAUGGAAAGGACCGGACAGUGUUCCUGAGAAAGUUGGUGAGGAUCAUGCUAAAGACUUAUUGGGCUGCAUCUCAUCUGAACCACAGACCAAGUUGCUUGAUAAAUUCUCCAAUGCUUUGGAUGCCGAUACAUACAAGAAGCUGCUCAAGGGGCUCAUGGAGAAAGCAUGGUGGCAGGCUGAAGCAGCGUCUGCAGUGGCCUCAGCCAUCACGCGGUGCAGACUGGGGAAUGGGAAACGACGUGGUGCUGGAUCGAGGGGUGACAUUUGGUUGUUGUUCACGGGGCCCGACAGAGUUGGGAAGAAGAAGAUGGCAUCAGUGUUGGCGGAGCAAAUGUUUGGGGUUAAUCCUGUGAUGAUAUGCCUAGGCAAACGACGGGAUAAUGAAGAUUCCGACAUGAACUUCCGUGGUAAGACAGCUAUAGACCGAAUUGCAGAGGCAGUUCGAAGAAACCCGUUUUUGGUGAUCAUGCUAGAGGACAUUGAUGAGGCGGAUAUGCUAGUGCGCGGGAGCAUCAAGAGAGCGAUUGAGAGAGGCAGGCUCACCGAUUCCCAUGGCCGUGAAGUCGGCCUAGGUAAUGCCAUAUUCAUUGUCACCGGAGAUUGGUCUACAACGAAUCCCGAAGCUGUAAGGGAAGGUCGAUUCGUGGACGAGGAGAAGCUCGCGUCUGUAGCAGGUGGUGGCUGGCAAUUGGGACUGAUCGUAAGAGAAAAGAGCGGGAAACGCAGAGCUAAUUGGUUGCAGGAUGAAGAUAGGCCAUUGAAGCCAAGAAGGGAAAUGGGCGCUGCCUUGUCGUUGGACCUUAAUCUCGCAGCAGCAUUUGUCGAGGACGAAAAAAUGGACGGCUCAAACAAUUCGAGUGACCUCACUAUUGAUCAUGAAGAUGAACUCGGCCUCUUAAAUGGACACUUCUCCGUUACAUCAGUGCCUCAUGACCUCGUGAGCAAUGUGGACGACGCCAUAGUGUUCAAGCCCGUUAGCUCAGCCUUUGUCCGGAGAGAGAUCAAGAAAACGAUAUCGGUGAAGUUCUCCAUGGCCGUGGAUGAGAAGGUGUCGAUACAAGUGGAGGACGAUGUGUUGGAGAAGAUCUUAGGCGGGCUGUGGCACGACCGGAGCAGCCUAGAAGAAUGGAUGGAGAAAGUGGUUGCACCGAGUUUUGAUCAGCUAAAGGCGCAGUUGCCCUCGGGCGGUGACCGGAGCAACUCUGUGGUUCGGCUAGUGGUGGAGUCGGACUCGGGCGAUCGGGGCAAGAGGGACCGGAAUGGCGACUGGCUGCCUAGCAGCAUUCUGGUAUGAGUGAGGAAUGCCACUAGACGGGAUUCAAAUGAUAAUUUUGUUUGUAUUGGGAUCAUAUUUGUAAAUAUUGUUGCUACUCUUUGGCACAUUAUAGAGUAAAAAAGAAGAAGAGUAAAAGAGGAGAAAAAAGGCUACCGUUAAGAGUGAGAUGUUGACAGCUUAACGAAUCUCGAUCGACACUCACUUUUUACAUUUUCCUUUUUUUCUUUAUUUUACCUUAGUAUUUGUUAAUUCCUUUUACUUUUACUGCCGAAUAUUAGCGUAAGAGUAUUAUUACAUGGAAUAGGAAGAAGAUGAAUAAAGAUGAGGGUAUUCCUCUUUGUCAA